ACCUCAUUUAUCAUUAUUCUUCUUCUUCUUCUUCUUCUUCUUCUCCUACCAUAAACCCUAAUUUUGGGGGGCUCUGCACAAUUUGCAGAUCCGAUUCUGUCUACUAGCAAUCCAAAGAGAGAAUUUGUAAUCCAUGACAUCGAAUUUUAUGAAAUUCAGCAGUCAAAUUAUCGGCAAAUUCACCCGUGUAACUAGCUUACCAGCUCAUCACACUGAUUUGGUUCAAAGGGUUUCGAUUUUAAAAGACGAGCUUUUAACGAUUGGUAAUAGUAAGGAAAAGUUCCAAAACGUUUUGGAUCAAAAAGGGCAAUGGUUGUUUAAAAGUUAUCGUGAUGGUGCUGGGAUCUUGGAGCUUAUGGAUCAACUCUUUCCUCGUCAUUACUUAGCUCUUCAGGUUUUAGAGUGGAGGAGAGGGCAGAAGGAUUACUGUAUCCCUUUGACAUCGGAGGAGUAUGCGAAAGGAAUCAAAAUUGCGGGUCGAGCUAGGGAUAUUAACCUUGCAGUCUAUCUUUUCGAUGAGGCGGCUAAGAAACGAAGUCAGACUGCUUCAGUUUACAAUGCUUUGAUGAGUGUUUACAUGUGGAACGGGCUUGCUGAUGAAUGUCAGUCGCUUUUUAAAGAUUUCAGGAGGCAAACGCAUUGUGCUCCGACCGUUGUGACCUAUAAUAUUCUAGUAUCUGUUUAUGGUAGACUUCUGAUGGUAAAGAAUAUGGAAGCAGCUUUCGAAGAAUUACAAAAACUGAAGCUUUCUCCCAAUUCUGUCACUUACAACUUUCUGAUUGCUGGUUACAUGACUGCCUGGAAUUGGGAUAAAAUGGAAGCUACUUUUCAAGAAAUGAAGAGGGGUCUAGUUGAGCCAGAUACAGAUACUUAUCAGCUAAUGCUUCGUGGGUAUGCAAAUUCUGGGAAUUUGAAUAAGAUGGAAGAAAUGUAUGAAGUGAUUAAAGAUCAGGUUGGUGUAAACAGUAGUCCUUUGGUCAGAGCGAUGAUCUGUGCAUAUUGUAAGAAAGCUGUUGAGGAUAGAGUCCAAAAGGUUGAAAAUUUAUUGAGUCUUCUCUCUGGGGAGGAAUAUCUUCCUUGGUUGAACGGGCUUUUGAUUCGACUAUAUGCUCAAGAAGACAUUGUGGAAGCAAUGGAGAGUAAAAUCAACGAGGCAUUUGAGCAUAAGACAUGUGUUAAUAAGUCAAGUAUUAUGCGGGCAAUCAUUGCAGCUUACUUCAGGUUUAAUGAAGUUGACAAUCUUGCUAAUUUCGUCAAGCGUGCUGAGUCUGCUGGGUGGAAACUAUGCAGAUCUCUCUACCACUGUAAGAUCAUGAUGUAUGGAUCCCAAAAACGUUUUGAAGAAAUGGAAGGUGUUUUAAAUGAGAUGGCAGAGACUAACUAUGGGCUUGUGACUAAAACGUUUGCCAUUAUGUAUAAGGCUUAUAAAAAUCAUGGAAUGGAGUCAGAUGCUGAGAAAGUGAAGGGAAUGAUGCUGAAACGUGGGCUUUAGAUGAACUUCAAUUUGCGCAAAGAAUUCUGUUGUUUUGAUUUGUUCAGUGUCUUUAUCAGGUGUGCGCUGUACCAAACAGAGUAUCAUAUGGUUAGUGCUGUUUCUGCCUUUGCAUAAGUCUCCUGUUUAUAGUGACUUACCAGGGGGUUGUGCUUAGCAUUAGGUCUCUUUUUUUAUCAAUCAGGUUGUAGAACUGUGCUCCAUCAGGCUGAAUAAAAGAUGCUGGAUAGGCUUCCAUGAUCUGUCAUUAGGGGUUUUGGGAUGAGAGUAGCCCACAUUUAUUUUCUCGUCAUGAGUGACUCAACCGUCACUAUUCUGCCAUAGUUGUACAUGUUACGGGCAGAGUUUAAAAUGUCCAUGGCAGAUUUUGGUCCUGUUGAUAGAUGAGAAACCCAGUAAAACAGAGCCAUGAAGAACAGUGCCUCCGCUAUCUGGAUAUUCUUGCUGAUAGGAUUAGAAGAGCUGUGAUUUCCUUCUUACUGAAGGCUCUGCCAAGUGAAGUUAUUUCCUUAAAGAGAAACCUGGCUGAUGUUGCAGUGGCUUUCUCUUUCUGCCACCCCUGGGUUCAGUUUCCAGAUUGUUCUAAGGUUAAAUUAUCUGUUGUUAGGCUAUCAACAGUCUUGUCUUAGAUUCACAUACUGCUCUAUUGUUUAGGCUUGAGCCCUGUUUGUAAUUUUAAGGAAACCUGAUAGCUCAGCUACACAUGAUGUUUCAGUAUAGUGGGACCUAGGUUACUAAUUUACAAGUUCUCACGAAUAAGCCAUGGAGCUUUUGAUUUUAUUAAAAUUCUUUGUUUCUUUGUCA